GAAUGAGAGCAACAAAAUGCGAAUAUCGCGAGCGCCAAUUACAUGAAAUUGAUGAGUUAUUCCUAGACUUUAAAAAUAGCAUUACGGAAUGUAAUAAAUAUGUCGGACUUUUAAAGUUCCCAGAUUUAACUCCUGCAGAGAAUACUAUUCAAUUAGAUACUACUGUAUCAGAAGAGAAAGAGCAAGAAGGUGAGCUUAUAAAUGAUUGGAAAUAUCAACCACAAAAGAGCAAGGAGUAUGAAACCCCUGAAGAAGCCCCAACAAUGAUACAGCAGAUCCAGAUGACAAUUCAUCUGCACCAUUACCCAGUUAUUAAAGAGGCUAACAAGAGCAAAAGAGGCCGUCCAGAGGUUCUGAAAGACACAAGAAUCCCCGCCUUAAAAUAAUGUCAUGGAGGAAUGGGAAAUAGAGCUUAUUAAAAGACUCACAAGAGACCAAAGAAGUGACGCUUUCUUUGCAUCUGUUGGUAGAUAUAUUAAGAAAAUUCCAGAUCUCUUUCUGAAGUACAUUGGCUCUAAGUGUCAAUAUAAAUCAAGAGAUAUGAAAGUUGUCCUCCGUUCGUAUCUAAGAUGCUUCAUAAGUGGAUUCUUACCUCUUUUUCCUCUAUGUAAAAGAGACAAUUGACUCAAAGGGUUCAUAGAUAUAUUUUGAGAUUUCUGUAACUUGUCAUUUCCAGAUGCCAAAUGUCAAAUUCUUCUAAAAGAGUUACUCAAGGAAGGAUCCAUUUCUAAAGAGGUGUACGAAAGGAAGGUGGUGAACUGUAAAGAAAGAAUUAAGGCUUCCAAGAUGUCAUACAGGAAACUUUAUGAUAAUAACCGUUGCUUCCAGCUGAUUUGUGCCAAGCUUUCCAAUCACUUUUUCCAUCUAAAAGGAAGCAAUUUGAAGAAGAUUGAGAAUGUUCUGGAUUUCUUCAAUACUAAAGCCGCGAUCUAUAACGAAGAAUAGUGAGUUAAUUCAUGAUGAUUACAACAUAAAUAUUUUCAAUUC